AUGUCUACUUCUACGAUAUUUCGAACUAUACGUCAUUUUUAUCUUAAUUAUCAUCAUUCAGGAUCGACUUCUUUAUGGAUUCAUUCAACUUUUAUGCGACGUCUUCAAUGUGCCUUGCGAGAAAUGAUAUGUUUUUUAAUUGUUGGCUUUCUUGCUUAUGGAACUCAAUUAGCUGAUCAUCUUUCACUUGAAUAUCUUCUUCCUGUUAUAAGUAUUCUGUGUUUACAAGAAACAUUUGGAUUGACACUAUAUUUUUGUUAUCGAAUAGCAUUGACUAUAACACCUCUUUCAAUAUUUUUAUUUGUCAUACAAAAAAUUGGUCUUAAUUAUCAUCAUUAUUUUGCAAGUGAACUUUUAAUAUUAUUAUUUACAUCUUUUUGUAUUUCAUAUGCUUGUCCUCAAAUUCAAACUAAAAAACUUUCAUUACUUUAUAAUGUUCUUUAUUUUGCUUCAAAUGCCUUUCGACAUGAAACUCAAUCAAUAUUUUCUUUUGAAUUACUUGGAAUUUAUAUUAUGGGAAUGUCUAUGACAUUGUUUAUAUCAUUUUUUAUCUUUCCUAUUUUUGCUACUUUUGAUAUUGAAAAUCGUUUUAAUUAUUCUCUAUCAAAACUUCAACAAAUGAACGUAUUAAUUAUUCAAGCAUUUUUGUCUCGUUCUAAAAUAAGUGCUCAUAUGUCGCAUAGGAAAGCAUCAAUAAUAGAAAAUAUGAUUCAUAAAGCAUUAAGUCCAAUACAAACGAGACUUGAGGAAUCUCGUUUUGAACCAGCUCGAUAUUUACAACGAAUAUUUAAUCGAAAACAUAGACAUAUUAUUGAUUUGACAGUAAAAGAACAAGAAGAUUUCAUUACUUCAUUAAUGUUUCAUAUAUGUUCACUUCAAUUGAUAGUUAAACAUUGUUCAUUUAAUGAUUAUCAUAAUGCUUUUAUACAUGAACUUGAAUCAAGUCUUUCACAUCUUAGUUCAUGUCAAUCAAUUGUUGUUUCAAGUCUUAUCACAUCUUCAUCUGUUACUCAAGAUGAAUUCACUCAUCAAUUGAUGAAUCUUCAAGAAGCAUAUAAAUCACUUCGUGCAGCCUGUGUAGCAGUUCGUCUUCAACGAGUUCAGCAUGUACUUGAAUCUGCAACAACAAUUCAAUUUGGAGAUCAUCUCUCACAUACUUUUUUUCUCUUUCAACUUGGUUGCAUUGUACGACUUUUAACACAAAUAAUGACAAACAAAAAUUUCAAAAAACCUAUUCCGAAAAAGCACGAAAAGAAAAUAUUAGAUAUAAAAGAACGAUUGAAAUUACAAUGGCCACGUAUAUUAUCAGCUAUAAAGAGUAUGGUAAUUAUUGGAGUUGGUUCAAUCUUUGUUUUAGUACCAUAUUUAGCAAAAACAUUUGAAAAUGGACAGUGGAUUUUAGUUACUCUCUGCGUCACACAAGGUGAUACAGUAGGUGGAGCAUUUACAACAAUGAAAAUGAGACUUAUGGGAACAUUACUAGGUUCGAUAUGGGCAUACAUAACAUAUUUAUUAGUUCAUGAUAAUGCAUAUCUAACAUUGGUAACAUUAUCUCCAUGGAUUUUUAUUUUUGCUUAUUUGAGACUAUUACCUUAUUGGGGUUAUACGGCUAUUGUAGCUGCUUUUACACCAAUCUUGAUCAAUUUGGGUCGAUUACCAUUUGGAGAUGCAGUACCGGCUGGUAAUUUUGCACUUAUUCGAAUUCAAGAAAGUUUUGUUGGCAUUACAAUAGCUGUUAUUCUUACUCUAUUGAUUUUUCCAAUUUUUGCUAUUGAUUUACUCAAAGACAAUAUUCAAACCACUCUUGUUAUAUGUCGACAAAGUAUUCUAUCAAUUCAUUCAGUUUAUGAUAAAUUAUUUUACCAUAAUAAUUCACAGGAAUGUUGUAUUCAUCUUGAAUUAGAAGAAAAACAAAUAGAAUCAUUUAUUAAUGAUGAAAGAAGUCAUUUUCAUCGUUUAAUUAGUCUUCAACGAACUUUGGUUGAACAUGCAUCACUUGAACCAACUAUAUGGUGGAUUAAUAAUGGUUUCUCAACAAAAUUUUAUAAUAUACUUACUCAACAACAAAUUGAUACAUAUAGAAUGUUACAUAAUAUAGAUGAAGCAUUAAUAAGAAUCAAUGAAUUUUCAAAGAUUAUUGAACAUCUUCAAUUGACAGCUGCUGAAGGAAAUUUUCUUCCAAAUUUUCAUAAAGAAUUUUCUGAUUUAAGUAAACAAUUGAUUGAUUGUUUUGAUAUAUGGAUAUCUUAUUUUACUUCAUCUCAAACAAAAUUUUAUCAAAUAUUUCGUCAAUGUAUAUUUACACGUAAAAAUUUAAUUAAAAUUGAUCUUAAAAAACAUGAAAAAUGUUUGAUUGAUUUACAUCAAGCAGUUCAUCGGCUACAAAAUCAACAUCAAGAAGGACUCAAUCGACGAUUGAAAUAUUAUCAUGAUCGUUUAACUGAAGGUGAAUCAUAUUCUACAUUUGUACCUUAUGCUAAUAGUGAUGAAGCGGAUUCAAUCUUUAUUGCUUAUUAUGCUAUGCAUUAUUCCAUAACUCAAUUUACUCAAACUGCGUUAACAUUAGGUUAUACAGUUCAUGCUAUUUGUGAACUUGAAACAACGCAUCUUUAUCGAUCUUUCUAA